AUGGGCGCCAACUUCCAAAAGCUCCAGGCGCUCCAACGUGCCCGCCAAGACACGGUGGACAAGGCGGAGGACGAUUUUGAGGAGCGCGCCGAUAUCGAGAAGGCCCAAGAGGUGGCGAAGGAACAGGCUGCCAAGGACGAACCUACUCGGCGGCAACACCAGGCUCUACUGGACACCCAGGAGGAAGACCUCGUUGUUCGUGAGCAGGCACUUGCCGCCAUGCUCCACAACAAGGACGAGGGAAUCGGGAAGAUCGUCGCGCAGCGGACCCAGGAGCUGGAGCAGAAGCACAAGGAUGCACUUGAUGCUCUGGCCCUAGACCAUGCCGGCAAGGUGGAGAAGCUGGAGCUGGAGCGGGAUGGGCUAAAAAAGGAGAUCUUGGAGCUGACGGAGGAGAGGGACACGGCCAACCGCACUCUGGCGGAUUCGCAGGUCGCCAUCUCCGACAAGGCCAAGCUACUCUCCGAGGCCAAAGACUCCAUCAACGAUCUGAACCUGAAACUAGACGGCUUGGAGGGGACGCUUUCGGAGGCCAGGGCCCGUGAGGAGACUCUGAACAAGGCCCUGGAGGACGAGCGGCAGCUGCGGAGCGAUGACGCCGCCGCCCACAAGGACUACGUGGACAGCGUAACCUCUGGAUCGACCGGCUCGUCGUCGUCGCGAGGAAGCUCACCACCCAACUAG